GCUGCGGGGCACGAAUACCCAAGAGUCCACGAGCUCCACAGCUCCUCGCCUCCGCUGGGAAAACCAAGGAACCAUAGAGACGUGGCCUCCUAGAGAGCCAAGGAUGGGGCGUGGGGUGAGGAGCCGGAAGUCGCGGUACCUGCAGGUCAGCCAUUAUUCUGGGCCUCGGCUGCCGUAGUGUCCUGUGCCCGUGUCAUCUCCUGGCGUCCGGGCGCCAAGGCGACGGUACCCAAAGCCGGAGCCGCCGCGGGACCCCCCGAUGAUGUUCUCCAAGCUCUAAGGAAGAAGUCAAGCAAGGAUUGAGGGGGCCUGGAGGAGAAGCCUUUCUUAAAUGACGACAAUGACAAGAGAAAAUUGGGCCCACAGUGCUCUGAGACAAGAGGGUCUGGUUAAAGGGAAGGAUGAUACCUGGAAGUGGGGAACCAGCUUCCAAGGGAGCAGCUCCUCUGUUUGGGAGACCUCCCACCAGCACUUUAGACAGUUACGUUACCAUGAGACAUCUGGACCCCAGGAGGCGCUGAGCCGGCUCCGGGAGCUCUGUCGCCGGUGGCUGAGGCCAGAAGCACGCACCAAGGCCCAGAUCUUGGAGCUGCUGGUGCUGGAACAAUUCCUGAGCAUCCUGCCUGGGGAGAUUCGGACCUGGGUGCAGAUCCAUCGCCCCGGAAGUGGUGAGGAGGCCGUGGCCCUGGUAGAGGAGCUGCAGAGAGACCUGGACAGACCGGCACUAAAAGUUCCGGUCCUUGCCCAGGACCCUGUCCAGGAGGAGCUGAGCACUCGAGGAACGGCGCUUCCUCAGGCACCCACUGGGAGCCACAUACCAGCUGAAAGGUGCCCCCAUCCUCUUACUGACCCCGUGGUGUUCAGCCUCCAGGACCCUCACCAUGGUUCUCCUGCCCCGGAAGCUUCCGCCCUUUCCCAGGAAGAGAACCCAAGAAAUCAAUUAAUGGCACUCAUGCUCCUAACAGCCCAGCCCCAGGAGCUGGUGAUGUUUGAGGAGGUAUCAGUAUGCUUCACUUCAGAGGAAUGGGCAUGUCUGGGCCCAAUUCAGAGGGCCUUGUACUGGGAUGUGAUGCUGGAGAAUUACGGAAAUGUCACCUCUCUAGAAUGGGAGACCAUGACUGAGAAUGUGGAGGUGACAUCAAAGUCAAGCAUAUCUCAAAGAGCAGAUUCUCAGAAAGGAACAUCAAAAAGACUUCAAGGAGGUAUUCCCCAGGUGCUUGACUUUGAGAAAGAGCAUGAAUGGCAAGUUUUGGCAACUCAGUGGGGAAAUGAAGCGAGGGAAAGAGAGGCCCUGAAGAAAGGUUCCCUCCAUGAACGAGACAGGAAGAAAAGAACUCCACCAGAAAAACGAGGCCAAAAAGGGAAGGAAGUUGGAGAAGGCUUGACUUUAGGUUCAUCUCUUUCUGAAAGUUUAAUGGGUACUGAAGGAAAGAAGUUUUAUAAAUGUGAUAUAUGUUGUAAACAUUUCAAUAAAAUCUCCCAUCUUAUAAAUCAUCGGAGAAUCCACACCGGUGAGAAACCUCAUAAAUGUAAGGAGUGUGGAAAAGGCUUUAUUCAGCGUUCAAGUCUUCUAAUGCACUUACGGAACCAUUCUGGGGAGAAACCUUAUAAAUGUAACGAAUGCGGGAAAGCCUUCUCUCAAAGUGCUUACCUUCUAAACCAUCAGAGAAUCCACACUGGGGAGAAACCUUAUAAAUGUAAGGAGUGUGGAAAGGGCUUCUAUAGGCACUCAGGCCUUAUUAUCCAUCUAAGGCGCCACUCUGGGGAGAGACCUUAUAAAUGUAAUGAAUGUGGGAAAGUUUUCUCUCAGAAUGCUUACCUCAUUGACCAUCAGAGGCUCCACAAAGGGGAAGAACCUUAUAAAUGUAACAAGUGUCAGAAAGCUUUCAUCCUGAAGAAGAGCCUCAUUCUGCACCAGAGAAUCCACUCUGGGGAAAAGCCCUAUAAAUGUGAGGAAUGUGGGAAAACCUUUGCUCAGACCACUUACCUUGCUGACCACCAGCGACUCCACAGUUCAGAGAACCCAUACAAAUGUAAAGAAUGUGGGAAAGUUUUCAUUCGAAGCAAAAGCCUCCUCUUACACCAGAGAGUACACACAGAAAAGAAGACCUUUGGUUGUAAAAAAUGUGGGAAGAUUUUCAAUUCUAAGUCAAACCUCAUCGACCAUAAGAGGAUGCAUAGCAGGGAGAAGCCUUAUAAAUGCACUGAAUGUGGGAAAGCCUUCACUCAGAGUGCUUAUCUUUUUGACCAUCAGAGACUCCACAAUGGGGAAAAGCCCUAUGAAUGUAAUGAGUGUGGGAAAGUUUUCAUUCUGAAGAAAAGCCUCAUUUUACAUCAGAGGUUCCACACUGGAGAGAAUCUCUAUGAAUGUAAAGAUUGUGGCAAAGUUUUUGGUUCUAACAGAAAUCUCAUUGACCACGAGAGACUCCACAAUGGGGAGAAGCCCUAUGAAUGUCGUGAGUGUGGGAAAACUUUCAUUAUGAGCAAGAGUUUCAUGGUCCAUCAGAAACUUCACACACAGGAAAAAGCCUACAAAUGUGAGGACUGUGGCAAGGCUUUCAGUUAUAAUUCAAGCCUGCUGGUACAUCGGAGAAUCCACACCGGGGAAAAGCCCUUUGAAUGCGGUGAGUGUGGAAGAGCUUUCAGUUCUAACAGAAACCUCAUUGAACAUAAGAGAAUCCACAGUGGCGAGAAACCCUAUGAGUGUAAUGAGUGUGGUAAAUGCUUCAUUCUGAAGAAAAGCCUCAUUGGACAUCAGAGGAUUCACACAAGGGAAAAAUCUUAUAAAUGCAGUGACUGUGGGAAAGUCUUCAGUUACCGCUCAAACCUUAUAGCCCAUCAGAGAAUCCACACUGGUGAGAAGCCCUAUGCUUGUAACGAAUGUGGGAAAGGCUUCACUUAUAACAGGAACCUCAUUGAACAUCAAAGAAUUCACAGUGGGGAAAAAACCUACGAAUGUCAUAUUUGUAGAAAAGUCCUCACCUCUAGUAGAAAUCUUAUGGUACAUCAGAGAAUCCACACUGGAGAGAAACCUUAUAAAUGUAAUGAGUGUGGAAAAGACUUUAGUCAGAAUAAAAACCUUGUUGUACAUCAGAGAAUGCACACUGGGGAAAAACCAUAUGAGUGUGACAAGUGUAGAAAGUCUUUUACUUCUAAGAGGAAUUUAGUUGGCCACCAGAGAAUCCACACAGGGGAGAAACCAUAUGGCUGUAAUGAUUGUAGUAAAGUUUUUAGUCAGAGCGCAAACCUCGUGGUGCAUCAGCGGAUCCACACCGGGGAGAAGCCCUUCGAGUGCCGUGAGUGUGGGAAGGCCUUCAUUCAGAGCGCAAACCUCGUGGUGCAUCAGCGGAUCCACACUGGCCAGAAGCCCUAUGUUUGUUCAAAAUGUGGGAAAGCCUUCACUCAGAGUUCAAAUCUGACCGUCCAUCAAAAAAUCCACUCCUUAGAGAAAACCUUUAAGUGCAGUGAAUGUGAGAAAGCCUUCAGUUACAGCUCACAGCUUGCCCGGCACCAGAAAGUGCACAUCACAGAGAAAUGCUACGAAUGUAACGAGUGUGGGAAGACCUUUACCCGGAGCUCAAACCUCAUUGUGCACCAGCGGAUCCACACCGGGGAGAAGCCGUUCGCCUGUAACGACUGUGGCAAAGCCUUCACCCAGAGCGCAAACCUGAUUGUGCAUCAGCGAAGCCAUACUGGUGAGAAGCCAUAUGAGUGUAAAGAGUGUGGGAAGGCCUUCAGCUGUUUUUCACACCUCAUCGUGCACCAGAGAAUUCACACUGCCGAGAAGCCGUACGACUGCAGCGAGUGUGGGAAAGCCUUCAGCCAGCUCUCCUGCCUUAUUGUGCACCAGAGGAUUCACAGCGGGGAUCUCCCUUACGUGUGUAAUGAGUGUGGGAAGGCCUUCACCUGCAGCUCGUACCUGCUCAUUCAUCAGCGAAUCCAUAAUGGGGAGAAACCUUACACAUGCAGUGAGUGUGGCAAGGCCUUCAGGCAGAGGUCGAGCCUCACGGUGCACCAGAGAACUCACACUGGGGAGAAGCCCUACGAGUGUGAGCGGUGUGGGGCUGCUUUCAUUUCUAACUCGCACCUCAUGCGCCACCACCGGACCCACCUUGUUGAGUGACACGCCGAGGAAGAGGAAGGCCUCCAGGCGUUGGCCGUGCCUGCUGCCCCUCUAAUGUAGACCUCUUUGCUUCCUCCUUUGUAAGAGUGAGGCCUCCUAUGUCCUUAAAAAUAACGGUUUUCAGGAGUGCAGCACAAAACACAAGCGUUUCAGAGGCUAAUUUAAAGAAAAUGAAAACUAAGCACCUAAAAGCAAGGACUUUGUUUUUAGCUCGACCCUAAGUGGUCACGCUGUCUGAUAUAGAAUGUGGCUUUCUUAGAAAUGGGUCAUACAAAGCUAAGUGAUAAAGGUCCCAUUUGGGGAAAGGUAUUUUUAAACUAAAUUUUGUUUUUUAAAAAGUAAUUUCUUGAGCAGCAGGCAGGUUACUGGUAUAGUUCUGCCUGAUGAAAUUCGGGAGCUUUGAACCCUGUGUCCUAGUAUUUUGGGGUAAGCAGUGACUAGUAAAGGAAACCACUCGAGGUAGCAAUUCCCCAGCAACUCACCUAUGAACAGUUAUAAGCUUUCCAUUACAUAGCUCAUUUAAAAAGUAUUUUGUUAAACCUGUCAACCAUUUACUGCUCCUAAAAUGGACAGAAGUAGGAAACAACUGUCUCCUUUAUUGUCUAUACCUCAUGAACCUUGGUAUGGGACAGCCCUGGGAACCUCUGACGAGCCCCUUGCGACCAUUCCCCAGUCUACAUGGCCAGGCACUUGAGGACUAAUGGAGACCACACCCUCGGGCCGCAAAUGCUGCUGGGCUGUGUUCAUUUGCUGAGAUCACCAACGUAAGCCCCAGUUCCCACUGCAUUCCAUUUGCGUGAGGUGCCCCUAACAGCCCCCUUCCCAGAUAGAGGAGUCAAAGAAUACAGCUUGCCUACAGGCCUGCCCACGUUCUCUUGGCUUUCAUUCUGCCUGGGCCCAGCCAGUGGGCUCAUUUAGGUGUCAUUCUCACUUUCUGGAAGGUCUUUAGAAGACAGAAUGGAGCCCUUCUCAUUCUGAGAGGACCAAAGAGGGAAAGGAAGGGAGAGGGAAGAGGCAGAGUGGGAUUCCUAAGGUCUUAAUUUGUUCUUUUGAGAAAUUCAAAGGUGUUGGAAUAUGAAAACUUUUAGAAGGAUGAAGAAACUGGCUAAGGUAAGAUACGUUUGUUACCAUUGAGCCUUUACUCCUGGAAAAUUAUUUAUAAAACUAUGCAAUAGGUAGAGCUAUGUAAUAAUAUUGCCUUGUAUUUAUAGAGAACUUUAUUCUUUGUGUACCUGCCUGUAUGGAAUCAUGACACCCAGUACUUAACUCAUACUUCCACAUAGAUCGUUACCUGAAUCUUUAUAACAUCGAAAGAGGUGUUUGCCGCAUUUACCUGAGAGGGGUCAUUUAAAGCAAGGCCGUGUAACAAGCGACAGCCUGUAUUUAAAUCCAAGACCUAAAUCCAGAUUCUCUUCUUUCUGCCAUGCUGCUUGUCUAACCACCUGUAAUCCCCACCCAGAUCUGUGGAGAGCCUGACAUGGGGUAUGUGCUCUCAUUUUCAGGUAUGGAAGCUGAGAUGACAGAUUUUGGGGUGUGCCUUAGGCAGUGUGACCAGCAAGCAGCAAAUCUGAGACUGGAAUUUAAGUCUGAUUUCUGGGUCUGUCCACCACCACCCCCUCAGCACGCAAGAGCUUUUAUCAUAAAUGCCAUAUGUGGUGAAGCGCAGUUUGGUGCGACUCAUGCAGAAGUCCCAUGCUUUAUCGUCUCAUGUCUACAAGAUUAAAUAUUAAUCAGCAUAGUGUUUUGUAGUUUACAGAGCGCUUUCACAUGCAGAAGGCAUACACAAGAAAGCUUACUAAUUCCCUCUUUUUUCCCUUCAACUGUAGUCUUUCAUCAAAGCAUGUGCAACUUCUUUUUGCAGUUUCACUCUAAAUCGUAAGGACACAAACACAAGAAAUCAAUUGGAUUCAAAAGUAAGAAUCAAAAAUGCUCUGCCCUCACUCACCCAACAGUGACUCUUCCUGUCCCCCCGUCUGGGGGUGGAGAGACCCAGAGAUAACACCGCGUCUCUGCUGAGAGUAGGAACAAGUUAGGGGUUUCCUCCUGCAUGAUCAGGAAGCUCAAGAGAGCGGGAGAGCAGGUCUGAAGAUUUGGGAAAAAUCUGUGACCUUGACCACGAGGCCAGCUGUGUAUGUUUCUGAAAGCUACCGGCUGAGAUUUAUGAGCAUUAAGACAGUUAAACUGUUUUAGCUUCACGUCGUAUAUUCAUCCUCAGGGUUGAAUAUUCAGUCACGGAUGGUUGUAAUUUCCUGGCUAAAGACUCAUUCAUAGGUAGUUCAGAAAAACUACCCCGGUGAUUGUGAUGGAAAGCUAGGCUGGGAAUCAGUGACCUAACCUUGCAGGAAAGCUGUGGUUUUCAACCUUGGCUGCAUGUCAGAAUCACCUAGGGCUGUUUAAAAGUUUUUUUUAUUCCCCAGGCCUCAGUAUUUUUAAAACUCUGGAGGGGAUCCGAUGUGCAACCAAGGUAAUGAGCCCCUGCAGUGAAAUAAAGCCUGUGAAGCAAGAAUAUGUGUGACCAGAGGGGGAGGGCGAGUAUAAGGGUCUUCAUAUGCAGUGUUCUCUGUGGUCCCAGCAAAACAGGACGCUCUCUAUGGUGGCUGCUCUGGGGGGUCCUGUGCCUCUGCCAAGCCUUGGCUGUUAAGAUUCUGUGACCUAACUUAUUUUAUUUGUAUUUUAAGUGACUGUAUCAAAUAUUUAUAUGAGCAAACCGUUUUACAUAGCCUGCAUUUAUGUUCCUCAUUCAGCAAAGUGACUUUGCAUUUCUGCUUGUGUUUCAUCUCCAGAUCUGGGAUUCCACAAACCUGCACCCAGGGACAGGACCCCGGUCCUGCACAAAGCAUGUGAGCCUAGUGGAUUCCUAGAUCCAAUCCUUACCCAACUAAUGACUUUCCCUCCCAGUCCAAUUCCAGCCCUCACAAUGAAUUACCACCCACAAGUGACUACCCCUUGUUGUGAGAGUUGGCUUUGGUUCUCCUUUUCCUUGGGGUCAUCUCACUUUUCCUUUGGCUGGUCUUGCUAGAAGUGGAUGGGAACUUUGAGGCCCAUUUUCAUAAGUUGCCAAGAGCUGUCAGACAGGCCAGGCCUGGUGAUGGGCAAUAAGGGUAGAGCCACGAAGCCUGUCCUCACCCUCAGGUGAGACCAGCAGAUGUUUAUUAAGUGGAGCUCAGUGAUGCGAAAGUGAUAAUGAAGUCAUGUGUGUGCUUUGGGAGCAGCGGCAGAACACACACACACCCCGUUCUCAAACACAAUUGCCAUGAAUCCUCCAGGCUCAGGAAGAGGUGUCUUUGGGCAAAGCUCAUAUUCCCUCUGUCUUCUGGCCCUCUCUUCUUGCUUAGGCGGUUGUCCUCGUCCCACAUCUGUCACUUCUUCACUUGCUUCUCCAUCCAUGUGCCUAACUUUUCUGGGGUCCCAGCCCCUUUGAGAAUCUGAUGGAGGCUGUGGAGCCUCUCCUGGAGAAACGCAGAUUGCAUAUUCAGUUUCGUGCUCAUUUGUAGGGACAUACACCUCCCUGAGGCCAACCCAUGGAUCGUCUAGGGCCUAAAGUCUCACCUGGAGAUGCGCUAUUCAUCACCAGUGACAUUUAAAAAAACGAGGUGAGACUACGAGUCUAAGAUGUUGCCCAGACACAUACCUUUUUCAACCUUGCUUCUGCUGCUUCCCCUCCCUCAGCAAAUUGUGGCAUCUGGCACCCAGACUGGAAACCCAGGAGGUAGUCCUGGCCUCUUAUACGUUCAUUAUGAAAAUAUUUAUUAGGCACUGUCUUCGUGGCAUGCAUGGUGCUAGAUCCUGGGUGCGAGCAAACAAGCUCUGCCAACCCUCUUCUAAUGGCUUGUAUGGGAAAUGUCUGGAUCCCUUAACAUCAUUUACUAAGCUUGUCAUAGUCGUUGCAACCUCCUCUUCACUUCCUCUGCACCUUUGGCUGCAGCCUCAAGGCACCUGCUUGCUCUUCCGUGUGCCUUCACCCCCCCACACCCCCGUCUUAGGGGCCUGUAGUCACUCCCCACCCAGCCCCGCCUACUUAGCCUAACCUUAGGUUUCUUGUAAGAUUUGGUUCAAGCCCCAUCCCUGGGAAACCUCUGACUGCCCUGUGGCCGACAGCAUAUUUAGAAGUAUAUUUAGAAGCCUAGAAGAGCACGACAUGUGUAUCCAGUUUUACUUUAUGCUGUAAAGUGAAAAAAAUCUGGAUUCAAAAUUGUGUAUAUAGUACAGUUAUCAUGUUGUUGUUACAUAUACUAUAUACUAUUAAAAAGUAUCUAGAUAAAUCACCUGAAGGAAAUAUAAGGAAGUGGUUAAGUGACUUGUUCACUAGAUGGUAAAUUGCAGAGCUUAGGCUCAAAUCCAGGUCCUAUGGAUAAUAGAAUUAUGGGUGGUUAAAAGAGUUUUGGUGUUUUUUUUUUUAGUAAUUAUCAUAUUUCCUAUAAGGAGCAAAAAUUUUAUAAUCAGGAAAAAAAUAAAUUAUUUAUUAUAUUGACAUACUUAGUUUUUAUUGUAUUAACUAUAAACAGUAUCCCAGUUCUUCCUUUUGUAAGAUGUAGGGUGCACCCUGCCCUUUCUCCUUCCUUUUUCCACAUCUCUGCCUCUGACAAUGUCAAGUCUGAUCAUUCUUGAAUUCUGUUCUGUAACCAUAGUUGGUCUUUUAUGCCUUGUUUAUUGAUUAGUUCUAAAAGUUGAAAAUAAACAGCGUGACUAUCGUUAUGACCGAGUAAAUGUUGUUCACUGCAGAUCUGAGCAGCUUAUUGUGAUUAUGUUUC